UUCACAAUGGCGGAGGCAGGGUGAGGAGUAGAGUGUCAGUUAAGUGGCGCAGUAACCAACUACAUUGCCCGCGAAAGACGCUAACGGUGCCCGAAAAAUGGCCCUGAACCCUGAAGUGGAGAGAAAAACUGACAUAGAGUGUCUGAAGACCGGUGAGCUCGACUUGGAGAGCUGCGAUAGCAAGACAAAUUCGUUGUCAGCCGCCAUCUCGGCCACAUCCAACCAAAAUGGCGAUCAGACUGGAUGUGAAGACGGUGUAAUGCCCGAACAAGAAGCCUCUGAGCGGCGGAGGAGCGGGCAGACUGCCGCGAGAAGCUCCGAUAAUUCACCUUUACCCGGCCAGAGACAGGCUGAAGAGUUGCCAAGGAGAAAUUUUCAGAUCCCGAGGAAGAUCAAGGAACGGAAAGGCCUGUACCAGUUUCUGGCCCCUGACUCCCGGGAAUUUGAGGGCCUUGUGAAGAUCCUCUCCUCCUUCUACCUGGAUGCAUCGUCCAGAGGGACAUUCUCCUACUGCAAGGCCAGGCUCAUUCACAAUGAGCUGCUGGAGAAAGAGUUCAUUGAGAAGAGGAGGGAGCUGAAGCAGGAGGGACGUACAGACCCAGAGCUGGUGGAGUCCUACUGCUUCCUGUUCCCAGACAAGUCCAAGCUCCCGUUGAUAUGUGAGAAGGGUCUGUCUGUGGGACACUCCAGGAUCACUACACUAGGAAAUCCUGCUAUGGGUGUUUAUCUGUCCAAAUUCUCUGAUUUGCUUCAAAUGAACCCUUUUGAAGCAGGCACUUGUGGAGACAUUGUCAUAUUUAAAGUCAUGAGGGGCCGGCUGAAGAGCAUCUUUGAGAACAUGCCUAAGAGUGUCCUGGACCCCACACCCAAGUUUGACUGUCACAUCUCCAAGAACGCCACGCGGGUCACCUCAUUGCUCUCGUACAGAGCCUUUGAACUCACGCAGCAGUACUUCUAUGAGUUUGCUUUUGAUGAGAUCAAGCCUCGGCCCAGGCAUGUGUGUCCCUACGCCGUGGUGUCUUUCCAGUACAAAGGCAAGGAGUCUGCUGCUGCACCUAUGGCUGCACACAGGUUCAACAGCACUGUCUGUGAAGGAGGAAGCAAAGGGAGGAGUAGCUACACUGUGUGGAGUGGGCCGCUGGUGAACAAGGGACAGGAGUUGUGCCAGGUGUCUCUACGCUCCUCUACACGCCACUUCCUCCCUUUCAAACUAACGGAGAAGUUGGAGAUGAGUAUGGGGAUGCAGCUGGACCAGGUGAAGAGGAAGAUCCCCUCUGUUCUGUUCUCCUGGGACACCUACAGCAGAACCCGAGAAGUGCUGAAGUGUGGGAUCUACUGCAGCCUGUUUGAGGUGGUGGAUGGGAAGGGUAAAGCGACCAGCAGCACUCUCUCAGGACUCAUACAUAAACUGGAGAGAGAGCGGAUGGUGCUAGUGAAGCCUUUAGUUGAUAAAGGCUUUCUCUUCCUCUUGUCAUCUACUCAGAUGUUCAAUCCCAACGAACGUCGGGGGAGGGUUGAGAAGAGCCUGCAAGCACUAUUUGUCUUUCAGGAGUCCAGGGGAGUCACCAAGUUCACGCCCAGACUGUCAGAGCAGGAGCCCCUGUCAGCUGAGCCCCUGCCCCCCCUCCUGGCCUCCAUGGACCCCUUCAUUCCAGCCCUGCACUACGCCUUGCUCAAGAUGCGCUCCACCCCCGAUAACAAGCACCUCAGCACUGUGGUGGAGCGCCAGGCCCUAGACUACCUGACCAGGAGGGACAGCGGCCGGGCCUUCCUCCUCCCAGAAUACCAACAGAACCUGGACGAGAGGGGCAACGUGCACCCCGCGCCCCGCCCCAAAUCCAACAUGGAGGGCCUGCUGCGUUCCUACCUCCACGGCCUCUCCUCGGCCUACGUCCUUCCCAUUGUCAAGGCCAGGGACAUGAUGGACAGGAUCAACCAGCCCCCGCCUGCACCAGCUCCAACUGUCCCGGACUACAGCCCUGUGUCAGACUGGGGGGGGUCAGGAGGGUCAGACAGACCAGAGAGGGUGGAGAGGCAACCUCUAGAGAGACCAGAGAGCAGCAGGAGGAGAGGGGGGCCGUCCCAGACCCAUUCUAACGGGGCCGCAGCAGGGACAGGGGCUCCGCCCCAGAGGUCCAGGUUGGCCCAGAGUGAGUACGAUAAGGACAAGAUGAAAGAGUUGCUGAAGCUGAUCCAGCUGCAUAAGGCCCUGGUGAAGGAGCCAGGAGGGAAGGAGAGGAACGAGGGGGGUGACGAGGGGGCCUGGGAGGGCCCCCACGGCCUGAAGAGGAAACUAGAGGAGGAUGAAUCAGGGGCCAUGUCUAAAUAUCUACGAGGAGCCCACUUCAGCAAUGGAGAGCCCAGUAGAGCCCAGGGGGAGGAGGUAGAGAACUACAACCUGGCAGCAGUAAUGGAGAGCAUGGGGAUCUAUGACACUGACCUGAGGGACAGGGGAAACACUUCCCAGGCCUCCUCAGCCAACGAGACACAGCGCCUGCUCAAGAUCCUGCUCUCCACCCUCAACAAGGCCAUGGUUCAAGGCGCUGCCGCGGCCCCCGCUGACCUGCCUGACCACGUGGAGCCCUCCACGGAGAACCCCCUGACUGGAGCUCCGGUUGAAGGGCGAGUGGAGCAGGCCCGACAGGACUUCUUUGAGGAGCAGACUGUGUGCAGUCUGACCAGCCCCUUUAGCACUGACUCUCCAGGACAACAGCCACACACCUCAGACAACCCAUCACUCACCUGGGAACUGGCCUCUCACACAGACAAACCUAUCCCCUUCUUUGAAUCUCAGAACGACGGCAACUUUAAGCAGAGGGGAGGUCUGGAGGGGGUAGAGAGAGGUCUGAGAGGGGCUUCUGUGGAGCAGGAGAGGGUAACCAAGGAAGCCUCAAUAGAGAGGGGAGCCAAGGUGGCUUCCUUGGAGAGGGAGAUAGCUCUGAGGGGAGCUUUUCUGGAAGGGGGAGCCAGGGACACCUCCCUAGAGGGGGAAAGCAAGGUGGAGAAGCCAGCCAGGGGUGUUUCCCUGGAGAGGGUAGCCAGGCCGUCCAGCACUCUGGACACUAUCGUAAGCCAGGAGCUCCACUGCCUCUACAACUCCAUCCAGGGCCUCAUGGACAACCAGAAGCUAUACUACAACUCCCAGCUGCCUCCACGGCUGUCCCCACGCCACACCUGGCAGCCCAACAGCUCAUUCUCAGACUUUGUGGCUCCCUAUGUUGUGUCUGUCCCUGUUCAGGGCCACGUCAACACCCUGUGUGAGAGAAUGGGCCGACUAGUCCCCAAACCUCGCCACACAGACUCUGCUAAAACACCUGGGGCUCGUUCUACCUUCCAUGCUCCCUCUGCCACUACCCAUCCUAUUCCCUCUUUCCCUCCCCCGCCCCAUUCCCUCUCCUCCAUGCAUCACCUUCCACCCCCGCCUGCCCUCGUCCACUCUCCUGCCCCUGUCCUCAUCACGUCCCCCACCGCCAAGCCUAUCCCCAAAACCAAAGCACAGCCUCCUCAGGCUAAGAGCUCCUCUUCUUCCCAGAACCGGCCCAAACCGGUCCCGUUCAAACAGACACACAAGAACCCCUCUGCAGCACAGAAGUCCUCCACAGAGAGGAAGUCAGAACCAUCUGCCUCAAAGAGAGAGGUCUACUCUCCCUCCCAGGCCUCAAUGGACUCCUCAGACUCCACCCCAAAACGGCCUAAACAAGAUGCCAUCACAGCCCCCUCUCCCCUUACCCCGGCGUCAGCCGCUGGACUACUGAUUGGCCAGCUGAAGCCUGAGGUGUUCAGCAGCCUGGUGGAGAUCUUCAAGGACGUGCAGAGGAACACGGUCAGAUUCUACAUCCACUCUGGAGAGGAGGAGGAGAGUGACAUCUGUGUGGAGAUCAAGGAGUACUUACUGAGCCUGGGCAACACAGAGUGUAACCCCCAGAUGUUCCUGGAGAAUAACAGCAGUCUGGAUAAGUUGCUCAUCGUCAUUCAGAACGAGGACAUCUCAGCCCACGUCAACAAGAUCCCAGCUCUGGUGUCAUUGAAGAAGCUGUCCACGGUGAGCUUUGCAGGAGUUGACAGUCUGGACGAUGUGAAGAACCACACCUACAACGAGCUCUUCGUCUCUGGAGGAUUCAUAGUGUCUGACGAGUUUGUCCUCAACCCAGACUUCAUAACACACGACCGGUUGCAGGCGUUCCUGCGGUUCCUAGAGGAGCAGAGCUCUCCAGAGAACCCCUGGCAGUGGAAGAUCCACAAUAAGUCCCAGAAGAAACUCAAAGAGCUGGGCAGGUUGAACAGUGAUGCCAUGGCUCUCCUCAACCUGCUGACAGCCUAUCAGAAGAAGCACCUGGUGGAGUUCUUACCUUACCACGAGUGUGAUGCCCAAUCACGUCAGGCCCCUGAUCUGGACUGCCUGGUCAAGCUCCAGGCUAACCACACUCAGCACCGCCACUUUAUCUUCCUCACAGAGAGGCGCUUUGAGAUGUUCAUGCAGUACUCCAGGAACGGCAUAGUGAUCGCCAGCAUUGAUGACAUCAUGACCAGUUUCCACAGCCUGAUUGGCUCCAGAGAUCAGAAACAACUGCCCACACCGCUCUCCACUGUAGUGCAUGAUGAGUGUAUAGAAGAGGAGGAUAUGUCCCUGGACUCUGAUGACGACAGCCACAACCAGGUGAUCGUACAGCAUCCUGCCCAAUCCCAGGAGGGGGUAGCAGCAGGGGGCAUGGGGAACUCAACCCAGCAGCCUCCCUUGCCAGAGUCAGACGAGUUCCGGCCCCCUCUCCCCGACCAGCUCAACACCCCUGGCCGACACACCCCCUCCUCCCUCUCCUACUCCAGCAGAACCCCCAACCUGUCCAACUUCGCUGCUCUCAAAUCUGCCAUCUCCCAGUUCAAAGCCUCCAACCAGAUUGGUAGGGCGGACAUAGGCAGCACUUCGCCAGGAGGGUUUUCUGUCAACCCCCACCAGAGCUUCCUGUGUCCGUCUACCCAGUGGGUGUCCUACUCUGGCUCCUCCGGCUACUGGGUGGGGGUCUCCUCCGGGACCCCCACCCAGCAGGGGGACAGGAGACUCAGUGGGCCCGGGGAGAGCCCAUGGGUGUUAGGAGGAGGAACCCCUAACAGCCAGGGAGGGGCCAGGCCUGGCUCUGUCUCCCAUAGCGGUCUCACCCAAGGUGGGGAGAGGACAGGCACUCCUGGUGGCAGUACCCCUGGAAGUCAGGGGGGCAGGACUCCAGUGAACAGUGUAGAAAGCCUUGGAGCGGGUAUGGCUGUUCCCUCUUUGGCCACCAGGGGGGGCUCAAUAGCUAGGCCCAUGCUGCCCAUCCAUGGAGGGACUGGAGGCAGUCGAGGUGGAGAGGCCAGUGUCCAGCCACACAGCGGUGGUGGCUACGGCUGUUUAGGUGCCAUGCCUGGACAGAUGGGUAUGGGACGCGGCGGCAUGGGACGCGGGGGUAUUGGUCCCAGGUCAUUAGGGGGGUACAGAGGGAGAGGAGCCCCACAGAGAGGCCCCUGGCCCAGGCCGGGAGUGGGACCCGAACGGCCGGAUGGAGGUGGACCCUGCGGACCCUCCUGGGGUUACCCGAAGGGGAGGGGAGGGGGACAAGAUUACUACUCAGAUUACACAUACUCACACAACUACUCCCCCUGA